AUGGAGGCGGUCGCCAACCCCCGCAUCACGUGCGCGUAUCUCAAUCAGUACGUCGGCAAAAAUGUGAUCAUCGUGGGCAAGGUCAUGCAAUUGCGAGGCGAAGAGGCCAUCAUUGACGCCGAUGGCAACGUUACGGCGCACCUCAACCGCGAGGCACACCUCUCGGCUGGCAACGGCGUUCAGCUCAUUGGCAAGGUGAACCCCGAUCUCUCGAUCAAGGUGCUUAGCUCCAUGGACCUCGGGACCGGCGUCGAUUACGAUCUGGCCAACACAGUUGUCGAGGUUUCGCAGCAGUAUCGGAGUCUUUUUGUCUAUGACUAA